GGAUCACGGCCCGCUCCGGCUGUACAUACUCAUGUACUUUCGGCGACGACACUUUGCCCACAACUGUCCAACCUGGAUCGCAUUUUGUCGUCUCCGUGUGCAUAAUAAAAAAACAAAGAACAGACCAUUAUAUCCGUCUGAUUUAUUAUUUAUCCCCUCUAUAAAAAAUAAACGUGUACAGAUCUGUCCUUGAUAUGUUAAAAGAAAAGCAAACCGAGUAUUUAUAUUACACAGGCCUAUGCCAAGUAGGCUGUAUGGAGUAUAUGGAGGCUGUAACAGACCGACCUACCAUACAUGUAUAUCUAUGGCGUAUGACAGACGGACACUUGGGCCUACCAUACAUGUACAUCUAUGGCGCAAGAUAGACAGACACUUGGGCCUGCCAUACAUGUACAUCUAUGGCACGGACACUUGGGCCUGCCAUACAUGUACAUCUAUGGCGUAUGACAGACGGACACUUGGGCCUACCAUACAUGUACAUCUAUGGCAUGACAGACGGACACUUGGGCCUACCAUACAUGUACAUCUAUGGCGUAUGACAGACGGACACUUGGGCCCACCAUACAUGUACAUCUAUGGCGUAUGACAGACGGACACCUGGGCCUACCAUACAUGUACAUCUAUGACGUAAGAUAGACGGACACUUGGGCCUGCCAUACAUGUACAUCUAUGGCGUAUGACAGACGGACACUUGGGCCUACCAUACAUGUACAUCUAUGGCGUAUGAUAGACGGACACUUGGGCCUGCCAUACAUGUACAUUUAUGGCGUACAGCAGAUGAACACUUAAGCCUACCAUACAUGUACAUCUAUGGCGUACGACAGGCAGACACUUGGGCCUACCAUACAUGUACAUCUGUGGCGUAUGACAGACAGACACUUGGGCCUACCAUACAUGCACAUCUGUGGCGUGUGACACACGGACACUUGGGCCUGCCAUACAUGCACAUCUGUGGCGUACGACAGAUGGACACUUGGGCCUGCCAUACAUGUACAUCUAUGGCGUACGACAGACGGACACUUGGGCCUACCAUACAUGUACAUCUAUGGCGUACGACAGACGGACACUUGGGCCUACCAUACA